UUUACCUUGUGUACCGUGCCGGCCGACUUCCUGCACAGCCUUGGUCAAUAUACAUAUCGGAUCCGAUCCAUCCAUCCAUCUAUAUAUCCAUCCAAUGGGAGAUCGAUCGUUUGCGUAGCGAAGCCUAAACCACGGGCCGGAUCGAUCCAUGGAACGCCGCCUGCGACAGCGAGAUUCCAGUGACCUGGACCUACCCGACGAUGUGCUCGCCGACGUGCUCCGCCAUCUCCCGCCGCGCUGCCUCGCCGUGUCGCGCUGCGUCAGCAAGGCCUGGCGCCGCGCCAUCGACCAGCGCCGCCUCCUGCGCCCGGACCUGCUCCCGCUCUCGCUCGCCGGCAUCUUCAUGAACUUCGGCUGCCACACAUUCUCAGAGUUCUUCUCCCGUCCCUCCUCCUCUUGCAAGAAGAUCAACGCCAAGCUUGACUUCUUGCCUCCCAUCGAGCACGAUCCCUAUGAGGAGGAGGACUAUACCGUCUUCGAGCACUGUAACGGUCUCCUCUUGACCAGCGAGUGCGUGGUCAACCCUGCUACGCGACGCUGGGAUCCUUUGCCUCCGCUCAUGCCCUUCACCAACCCCAUGGGGAUGAGCCGUGUUUUCGGUCGGUAUCUAGCUUUCGAUCCCACCUUGUCGCCUCACUACCAGGUGUUCAGGGUCCCUUAUCUGCCCCCAAGGCCUUGUCAGCCCGGAGACCGAGGCUACCGAGGUCCUGAGGAUUAUGUAGACCCUCUGGUUGACAAAUCUGAAUGGCCGCCGUCUACAUUCAUCUUGAAUGUCUUCUCGUCAAAGUCGUGUCGUUGGGAGGAGAGGUCUUUUGCUAGACAAGGUAAUGCUGCAGGGAUUGUUGCUGAGCUGCGACUGCGACUGCAACAUGGGUGGCACUAUGGUGCCGUCUAUUGGCGACGAGCACUUUACGUGCACAGUCAAAAUAAUUUUUUCUUGAGGUAUAUAUGUACUCGACGUCUCGACCCAUUCCAUUAUUAGUUUGAUCACGCUGACGCUUAUUAUAACCAUAAUAAAAUGGCUACUCAAUUAGUCUGUUUAUUUUACAUAUUCAUAAGAGUGAUUUGAUUGUACAGGAUAUCCUUGACAGACGAUACGUACCGUGUGAUCAAACCACCGACGGCUAUGGAUAUCAGGGUGCACUCUUGUCUAGGAAAAUCCAAAAAAGGGGUGUACAUUGCAUCAUUCAUUAAGGAUGUCUUUCGAGUUUGGGUCCUAAAUGAAUCGUAUGGUCAGACGAAGUGGGUGUUGAAGGGCGAAU